UCGCUGAAUAAUGCAAACGGGUAAAUACAAAUAUAUCACUACAGUCGAAAUCUAAGCAAAACAAGUAAGCAUGGACGCGGUACAAUUUCCGGUUGCUAGUAGCUGCAGUUGUCAUGACACCAGCACCGCUUGUGGUCACCGCUGGUAUCACUUCACUAUAGAAGAUAAAUUCUCGACCCAGCUCAUUCUCUCUUAAACUUCUCGGGGCUUCGCUAUUUAUCAGAUAUGAUCACUCCGUAGAGCGAGCCUACUUGUCGGCAUUCAUUUCUUUCAUCUACACCACGUCAAUUUCACGAAGGACAUCUAUUCAACAUGUCGUUCUUCAGGAUCCCAGCACCCUUAGUGCCCUUGGGACCUGGACCUAUCGACAAGAGGGUAGACACUGUCGAGAAGAAGUUAAACGAUGUCAUCAAUAAGCAUUCACGUUUCGAGAAAUGGGUCAAGUCUGAGCUGUUUAAGAGAAAGAGGGCAUUUGAAGAGCUUUCCCAGACAAUGUUUCGGCAGCAUUUCAUUACCAAAAGGAUCUCCAUAGAGAUGGUGGCCUUGAAUGAAUUUUCAAAUCAUCAAGAUGACAAACUCCGCAUCGAAAUGGAAUCCUUGAGAACGGAGGCGGCUUUGUCGAAGACAAAACUGCUGGAUGAACGGAGCCAGGCGACGAGGUUGACGAAGGCCUCUGAAAUCGCUGCUCGUGACUCCAAGACCCCAAUGGACAGCGCUGUUUCGGUUGUGUUGAAGGAUUUGUCGGCUCGUAUUUCAGCUGUUGAAGAGAGGCUGCAGUGGAGCAUGACGGCUUUGGAAGGCCGGGUGGAUGUGCCCGAGGUGCCAGUGGAUGCUCUUGACUUUGACCAAGAUACUAAAGGGGCUUCACAAAAGUCUCGGGGAUUGGAUCCCGAGAAGAACGAGGACAAAGCUUCAUCGUAUUCUGUGGUGGCCGUUCGUGGCAGCAAGAGCGACAACGACAAGAACAGUUCUGAUUCAGCUGAGGUUGUUGACGUCACAGAGAUGCUUGACAAGUUUGAAUCGUACGCAAAGACCUUCCAAGCCUUGAACGACAAGGUCACUGCCAUUGCUAACAAGCAUGCGCUCUUCGAAAGAUCUUUGCUAUCCGACAAGAAGGACUUGAUUAAUAUCCUCGGACGCCUGGACUAUGCCGAACGGGUCAUUGGGGCACUUUACUCGCCCGGCGAGUUUAACAUCCAGGGACAGUCCUUCUAUGACGACGCGACAUCGCUCCGGUAUGCUGCUUCCCAAAAGGAUGCCCGAGACGAGUUUGUGCGUUUUUACGGACAGCGCCUCGAUGCGAUCCGGUAUGUCGACGUCAUGCCCCCCGUUCUUCCUCUCGCUUUUCUGGCGAUUGCACGGGUGCGGUGCAGCCCUGAGUUGUGGGAGGACCGUCUCGCACUGAAGCGAGAGAUAAGCGACGUGACCGAAAAGAUGAUCGAGGCGUGGACGAAGACGCUGCCUCAGGGGAAGGGCAGUGAGCAUGCGCCGUGGCCGGACAAGGAGCUGCUGGCGAACUCGAGUCGCCUGAAGAUGCUGUGUCGGCGCGCCUACAUUGAUGUCGACUGAUUCGUCGCGUGCAUCGGUUAGUAGUAGACUAGGAUCGGCAUUAGCAUAGCCAAAAAUCAACAAUACCAGACCCCAUGAUUAAUAUCAAUCAUGCAUGUUACCCUAGUAUGGAUGCUAUGUAGAGAGAAGAAGACCGCGGCUAGCCUUCUGCUGCAGUUGCAAAUCACAAUCCUUAUUUU